ACGGCGGGGUCAGGGAGUGAUGAGAGGAGGAAAGGCCCGAAGAGAAAGGAAAAUCCCCGCGGGUCCCUCAGAGCCCAGAACGUUCCACAACUCCCGGGCCCCUCACGGGCGGGGCGGGAACUGCGCAUGCGCGGGAACGCACGUGCCGCUCUGCUGCGCAUGCGCGGGAACGCACGUGCAGCUCUGCUGCGCAUGCGCGAGCUGCACGCGCCGUUUUGGCGGGAAGCGCGCGGCGCCGGCUGAGGGCGAGCCCCGCCCCCUGCGUUUGCACGCGGCCCCUCGGCCCAACCCGCUGAGGGCGAGGGCGGGAAAAGGCGCCCUGAGGUUUGCCUUGAGGGAGCCCCGCCCGCUGCGUUUGCACGCGGCCCAACCCGCUGAGGGCGAAUGCGGGAAAAGGCGCCCUGAGGUUUGCCUUGAGGGAGCCCCGCCCGCUGCGUUUGUACACGGCCCCUCGGCCCAACCCGCUGAGGGCGAAUGCGGGAAAAGUCGCCGUGAAGGGAAGCCUGUGCUCCUGUGAAAAUCAAGCAUCUGAUACUGGGGAUGAUUAGAGGAGCUGUCCUGCUCUGUUUGCUGAAAAUUACAGGCACAGGAGUCUCUGCACAAUGGCAACUGCUCAGAAGCAAAGGAAUUCUGUGAGUGCAGUUGUAUUUCCCAAGAAAAUAGCCACAGAGCAGCAAUCCCUGAUGCUGGUGAAGAGGCUCCUGGCAGUGGCAGUGUCCUGCAUCACCUACCUGAGGGGAAUCUUUCCUGAAAGUGCCUAUGGAACCAGAUACAUGGAUGAUGUCUGUGUCAAAAUUCUGAGGGAAGACAAGAACUGUCCUGGCUCUACCCAGCUGGUGAAAUGGAUGUUAGGAUGCUAUGAUGCCUUGCAGAAGAAAUAUCUGAGACAGAUUGUCCUAGCAGUCUAUACCCAGGCAGAAGAUCCUCAGACAGUCACAGAGUGUUACCACUUCAAGUUCAAGUACACCCAGAGUGGGCCACUCCUGGAUUUUGGCAGCAAGGACAGGAAGUCAGAGUCCAGCAUCCCCUGUGCAGACACCAAGAAGGCCAGCAUCCUCCUCAUCAGAAAGAUCUUCAUCCUGAUGCAGAACCUCAGCCCUCUGCCCAAUGAUGUCUGCCUCACCAUGAAACUGCUCUACUAUGAUGAGGUUACACCCCCUGAUUACCAACCCCCAGGGUUCAAGGAGGCCAAGGAUGAGGGGCUGCUCUUCAGGGAGGAGCCCAUGUACCUGAAUGUGGGGGAAGUGCCAACACCUUUCCACUUGCUGAAGCUGAAAAUCACCACUGAGAAACAGCGCAUGGAGAAUGUUGAUAAGAACAUCCUGCAGCAGGAGGGGACUGCUGAGCCUCUCCAGGAGGAUCCUGUCUCAGAAAAUGAAGUGGAAGAUAAGAAUCAUGUGAAUAUUUCAGAAGCUCAAGAAAAGAAUUCAGCUCAUGAAGAGAAAGCUGGAGGGAUGCAGACUCCCCCUUGUGAUUCUAAUCCUCAGGUUGAUCAUUUGACCCGAAAAACAUCUGAGCUGAUUGUGUCAGAGAGCAGGACAAGAAGUGGGAAGAUAUUCCAAAGCUGCCUUGUGCACCAGGCUGAGCUGGGCUCCAGCCAGGACGUGCUGCCCAAAAGGAGGAAGCUCAGCGAGCCCAAGGAGCAGUUUUAGGUGCCCAUCUGAGUUCUCCACUCCCAGUUGGAUGUUCCACGUGCCUGUUGGCUCUUUAAGGAUCUUUUCUGCUCCAUUAGCAGCCCCAUGGGAGUGUGUUUUUAAAAUGUCAGGAAGCCCAGCUGAAAGAUUCCAAACUCACUUUGUGUGGGAUCAGAAAUCCUUGGAUUUGGGGAUUUGGGGAUUUGUGGGUGAAAAUUCAUCCCUCCAAGGUUUCACCAGUGCUGAGCUGAGGAACUCACCCAAAACCUCUCCAGUUUUGGGGGGAUUUCCAGAGGGCUGGGCUGGCAGUUACAGGCUGUUACAGUUUUGGGGUUACAGUUUUUGUUUUUUCCUACCGAGACAGUUGGAGGAGUUGGAUGCUUUGCAUUUCUUCCAGACCAGGUGAAAAACCAGCCCUCUUCAUGCCUUAAAUUCCAGAUUCCCUGCCAGAAUGCAGGAAUUUCUGAUGCCAGGUAUCCAUGGCACCAUCUGUUCCGAGGUGUGAGAGCCCUGGGAGAACCUGGGUGUCCUUUUUGGACACGGUGCCAAGUCCUCCUCCAGCAUCAGAAAUUAACUUUUAAUUACCCGGCUGCCUCGGGGAACGGCAGGUGAACGUUUCCUGACGGUUUUGACUUUUCAAUUAAGAAUGUUCAUCAUCGGUCCUCUAUUAAAAAGCGUUCGCCUUUGC